UGAUAACUUACAUCGACGACUAUUGGAUAUUUGGCUUCGAAAUUGACCAAUCAUCACUAUUGUCUUAUUUCAGAGCGCACAUUACAAAAAGAUAAGAAAAACAAAAUGCAAAGCCAGGAAUCACAACUUUCUGACCUUGUUAGUCUUGGGAAGGAGGUUACAGCAGCCUUCGAAGGGUCACAAGAAACUGAACUAACAGAGAAAUGUGCUGGCAUCAUCAGAGAAAUCCGCCAGCUUCAACAGCAACAAAGAGAGCAGCUAAAACAACAGAUUCAGGAGUUAAUCAACCAAGAGGAACGUGAGAUGGAGAAUGUGAAGGAAGAUGGAGAGAAGACAGAAGCUAUCCAUCAGGUUCAAACUGUCCAAGAACAAAUAAAGGCAGAAAAAGAGCACCUAGGGGAAGUAACCAAGAAAUGUGAAGAACUAAAGGAAACUCUACAGAAUCAGCGAGAGGAACAGGAGAGACUUACAGCAGAGGAACAGAAGGCCAGACACAACAGUACACAUACACUCCCCAAGAUUAAAUAUGAUGUACAACUCUACAAUACUUUGACAUCAAUAAGAUGGCAGUAUGACUGUGAGCCUGAUGAAAUCAAAGGAUAUAUUUGCAACAAAAAUGACAUCAAACCAUUUUCUCUGAAUGGAAAGCAGGUUUCCAAGUUCUUCAUUGCCAAUUAUUUGUGGGAUAUGAUGGAGGAAGACUGGUGACAAUUGACUGAUUGAGAAUCUUAGGAUCUGGGUCAAGUUUAGUCAACGCCCAGUAUUAGUUUGGGUGACACCAAUUCAAAAUUCAUGAUGGCAUCCAUUUCAUGAACAUGAAGUGAAAGUGUAUAAUUGUUUGUUUUAUGAUCCUCUAAAGUCAGGGAUUAUGUGAUACAAAGACACUGUACAUAACCUUAUUGUAUAAAUAAUAAAUGUAGAUAAACUCCAGAUUAGGAUUUUA